CUGCCACUGCCAGAAAUAACUGUUCUUUCUCAGCUUCUUUGUUGGCUCCAUCCAAAGUCUCCCCUCCACAGGAUGGUGAAACGGAAGAGAAAAUUUACCGAAGUGAGAGAGAAAAAGAACAAAAAGUUUAAGAAGGUGUCAGCAAAGGAGGCACCUGAGACCCCGCUGGGCACCGAGGAAGCAUGCCCCAAGGGAGAAGCAACUUUCGAGACCUUGCAGGAGUCAGAUCCUGAGCUGUCCCCAGAGGAGAGGAGGAUCCAAGAAAGGAAGCUGAAGAAGGAACGGAAGAAAGAGGAAAGGAAGCGCCUGCGGGAGGCAGGUAUCAAAGCCCAGACCCCACCAGCCCAGCGCUCCGGGGCGGAGCUGGCUCUGGACUACCUCUGUAGCUGGGCCCAAAAGUGUAAGAACUGGAAAUUUCAGAAGACGAGGCAGACCUGGCUCCUACUGAACAUGUACGACAGUGACAAGGUUCCCAGUGAGCACUUUUCCACCCUGCUGGCCUACCUUGAGGGGCUGAAGGGCCAGGCCCGAGAGCUGACUGUGCAGAAGGCUGAAGCCAUGAUGCAGGAGCUGGACAAGGAGGGCGCCGGCGACCCAGAACCCCUGCUGCUGGAGAAGAUGCAGCGCAUCCGGCAGGUGCUGCAGCUGCUCUCCUAGGGGUGGCCAGCGGGCAAGGCCACUGCCUGCAGCAGAACCGGGUGGCCCUGGGCCUCUCAGGAUUCAGCCCGAAUGCCUUCUUCCAGCAGUGGCUAGUGGCCUGGGGGCCUCCAGGUUCAAAGUCAUGUACCUCCUGGUCACCAGACACAGGAAGAACUGCCUUUCUCUCCCCUGACCUUCCUUAGCUGGAAACUGUGUAUAGAUCAUGUUGGUUUUCGAUGCCUCACUGAAGAACAUGGUGACGUAACCUUGAGACACUAGUCCUGCCUCGGUGGCCUUCCAUCGCCUGAGGAAACUGCUUUCUGACGGAAAUGUUUCUUUCCACCAGGGACGCCUUAGUGAUUGAUCAGAGGUGGCCUUUCCCACCAACUGCAGUUCAUCAAUGUUGAGGUGUGAGGGGUCCCCAGAAUUUGGGCCUUGCAUUUGCCAAAGUGUCCUGACUGUGGCUUGUCCUUUCCCCGGCAACCUCCCCGGGCCAUUCCACAGCCUCACUUGACAGGGAAAAUCCGGCUGUAUUUUCAAUAAAUCAAGCCUGAGUUGGCUGAGGCGCUUGUUCUAUGCAAUUCGUUCUCAUAUGCCUGCAGACUAUGUAGCGCUUUUCCUGAGGGUGAGCAUGUGUCGGGCCAGGAGGCCACCCACAGCUGUGGCCUCCCUGGGAUGGCCCCCGGGCCAGCACCUCCCACACACUUUGGCUGUGGACUGACUGACCACUAACUCGGCAGGCCUGCCACUUCCAAGUAUUGGCAGGGAGCAUGUUCCAGCCCGGAAAUGCCUGCUCUCUGCACAAAAAUAGAAGAACACGUGGACCCAGAACCCCACAAGCCCAGGGCUCUGAGUUUCCCAGGCUGCACCAGGGAACAGUGGUCCUUGCUUGUCAGCCAGCAGCUAGGGCCUGAGACACCUUCAGGAAGGCGACCUGCAUCAUAAAAUGGUGGAUUUAAAACUGGGCCUUAGGGCCUUUGACACCUCCCCCCUGAGCUCAGGCCCCUCCCAGUGUGGCACAAAGCACAAGUGCCACUCGACUCUCAUCACACUCAUCCUGGGGAUUCAGCCUCUCAACACCCCAGUUGGCACUCAGGCCAUG